GCUUGCCCAACAAACUUGACGCACAACUGUGGAUGGUGCCUAACCUUCUUAUCGCACUUCGUCCUUGCUGCCAUCGUCGUCAUCGCCAGUAUCAGCCUCAGCCACGUCACGCCAUGGCAGCAGCGGCCUCCUGGCUGCUGCUGGCAGCACUGCUUGCCACCCUCACUGCCAGCACAGGAGUGGCGAAUGCCCAGCAGCAGACCACGGUGCCACCCAGUGGUGGCAGACCACCUCCAGCUCCAGUAGUAACCAAUGUUACGGCAAACCCAUACACUCCUCCUACAAACAACAACAACAACGUUGUCGGCGGCGACCAACUGCUGUUGCAGGAAGAUGAAGAUGCCAGAAAUGCUACAAUCCAGCUUCUGGAAGCGGCACGGAACAUCACUGCUGCAUGGGCGGCACACAAGGCCCGUUACAACGAGUCCUAUGACAGCCCCGAGCUGGACGCACAGCACCUCCAGCGCUUCAACGAGUCCGUGCAGCGCGCUCUGGCACUGAAUCAGGGUCGCACCAGACUGAGCGCGUUCUACAGCUUGGAAGCAAUGGGCGAGGUUGCGGAUGACAGUCCCGCCGAGCUUGUCGCGGACCGGUUCGGCAUCGAUCCAGAGCUUGCGGCCGGCCUGGCCAGACUGGUCAACAAAGCACUCAAGGUGCGUAUGCAAGAAACUUAUUAGCUGGAGGUACUGACUUGCAAUUUAUAUAUUAGGUCAGCAGCAGCGUGCGUGCAGUUGGUGCUGACAUGUAUGGGCUUGCAUUACUCAUUCAUGCAACACACCAGGGGCGCGUGGGGGCUCACUCAUUGUGGGGGCUCAUUGAUUCCUUGAGUGAGUAGCUGUUACAUCGUGCUGGUGUAGUUCCUGGUGUGUCAUAUAGUAGGUUCUAAAGCCAAUGAGCUAGUCAUUAUAUGUGCUUACCGGCAGGGGUGGGAAGGAUAGGGCACAACGCUUGCUGACUACUACUACUUGCAUGCACACACAUGCAAUUGAGCAGAUGGCCAUUACGCAAGAAUUGUGUACAUUAUGUGUAUAUUAUGUCGAUGCCCAUACACAUGUGCUCCCGCUGCUGUGAACAUGCUACUCCCAGGCUGCUGGCAACAGCAGUACCCAGGCUGGGAUCAUCAACGGAACGAAUGGAAGUACAAGGCGGCGCAGGAUGCAGGCUUCGGACAUCAACGCUUGCCGUGCCAUCCACAAUCAUGUUACUGAGAAUGUUCAUAGCAGCUCGCAAAAGAUAGUAGACUGGCGAUAUGCGGCAUGUAAUGCCGAACACCUGAAUGCAGUCUCCACCGCAAAAGACCAGUCAAAACCAAGAAGUUGUGGAGCCUGCUGGGCCUUUGCAGCCGUCGCGGCUCUGGAAUCAUAUGCGGCCAUAGAAGCGCAUUACAAUUUGACUCUGGUAUGUAUGCUAGGGUCAUGCAUGGCUAGAUCAUUGAAGGGCUUACUUCAGCAAGCCAGCAGGGAUGUCUGUGUUUCCAUAUGCAUGUUUGUAUGAUCAGCAGUCACACUCUGGGAAAACAAAGUUACCGGACAAUCCAAAACCUACCGGACAAGUCACCAGACUUACCGGACAAGUGCCGUACCCUACCGGACAAUGCCUGAAAUCUACCGGACAAUA